AUGCAUGGAGCCCUACCAUCUGCCUAUCUUCAUUUAAAGGCCUUGGCCGACGUGGAGCAUCGCGUACACAAUGGGGUCAUGGGCGAAGUGAUUACCAAAGUCAGAGAAACUCGUCUGGCCGUUCUAUUAGCGCAUAUUCUGAUGAUCCCCAUAUAUUUCUGGCUAAUUCCAUACUUUACAGCUUUUAUCCCAACUUCAUUAUUUCAUGGACUUUUCCUCUUCAUGGCCAUCAGCUCGUUGACGGGCAAUGAAAUGUGGCAGAGAAUUAUGCUCCUUUUUACUGAACAGCGCUCUUACCCGGCCACCAGUUACUUGAGAAAGGUCUCACAAAGAAAAGUCCACGCCUUCACCAUUAUUGAAAUUCUACAAUUAGCCACGCUAUUGGCAGGCAAUCAAUUCCCGCCGCCUACGGCAUAUGAACUCAUUCCACGUCUGCGCUGCAAGCGUCACGUACCGAUGCAAAACACCCCUUCACCAUCUGAUGAUUGCCCCUAUGACCUCUGGGAUGAGCAAACAGUAUUCGAAGGUCGAUGGCUGAAGACCAGGCAGAUCCGAUUCCGUGAGCGACACACCAAACAGGAAGGUAUCUGGCAAUCUGCCCACCGUACCACGAAGCCGGCAAAUUGCGAAGUUGAUGGAGUGGAUAUUAUUGCCGUGCUUUACAAGGACAAUAAAAAGUAUUUUGUCCUCGUCAAGCAGUACCGUAUCCCGAUGGGAGGGUGGUGUCUCGAGUUUCCAGCAGGGCUGAUUGAUGAAGGAGAAACGGUGGAAGAAGCUGCGCUCAGAGAGCUGACAGAAGAAACUGGAUACACGGCCACAAAAGUGUUAAACCGUUCCUCGGGCAUUCAAGGUCUCGACCCGGGCCUCAGCGACGACUCCGUCCAGUUCGUCACCGUCGAAAUUGAUGGCACCGACCCGCGCAACACCAACCCAUCCCAAAAUCUGCAAUCCGAAGAGGCAAUCGAAGUGCUUCUUGUCGAAUGCGACAAAAUUCUCGAUUUUAUGAAAGCCAACGAAAAGAAUUUGCAUAUCGAAGCCAUGGUAUACACGUUCGCGAUUGGCUAUGAUUUGGCGCAAAGAAUAAAGUUU